GGGAAAUUAGCUCCAGGAUUGGAAUUAACACGCUGCCGUCAUAUUUUAAAUCGGUGACUUCCACUUGCGGGUAUCCGGCCUGUCACCGGCCCAGUCCGCCCUCCCUUCCUCCAUCUCGGGUUGAUAGGGAUACCGGCCAGGGCUUCGCACCUUGAACACCCGCCCGGUUAACCCCCUCUGUCUGAUCAUGUUUAAUCUCCAGGAACCGCCCUCCUCCUGGAGUUAUCAAAGACACAAUAUGCUUCCGGGGCACGAAUGCAGCCAGACGGAAGGAGGAAGCUGUGUGGCGGUUUUGGGGACAUGGAUGGCAGUCGAGCUAACGUUUGGCUGCUCCCGUUUCUCUGACUCUCUGACAUCCAGGCCUCUGGUUACUCCUCAGGCCAGCUCCAGCCGCAAGCAGCCAGAAUCUGUGUUUUCUUCUCUAUCCCCGAUAUCUUUUUGAGGACACCGCAUGAGAAGCUUCAAGCUCAUACAGAAGCACUGCAUCUAAAGUAAUAUCAUGGGGAAUUUACUGGAGGUGAAAGUUGCGGUUCACAGAAUUUGUUCAAAACUCUCCCUAUUUAUCAAUCAAAAGUGAUCCCUGCUUUUUUUCUGGAUGCAAGAAUUAUUCAUUGCCUGACUCUUACUUCCAUUAAGUGUAACUGUGUGCAUUAUGAUGGUUGCUGCAUGUUAACUGAAGAGUAUUGCUGUCUUCAAUCAAAGACAAUGUGUUCAUUUAUAAAAUUUGAAAAUUUACAUGAAUUGAAAAGAAUUUGUCACUGGGGUCCAAUUAUAGCCCUGUCAGUUAUUACAAUAUGUUCCUCCAUGGCCAUUAUAGACUCAGUACUUUGGUAUUGGCCUCUUGACACUCCUGGUGGAAGCAUAAAUUUCAUUUUAUUGAUAAACUGGACAGUUCUUAUACUUUACAACUACUUUAAUGCAAUGUUUGUUGGUCCUGGCUAUGUUCCAAUUGGAUGGAAACCGGACAACCCUCAGGAUACAAUGUAUCUUCAGGACUGCAGAAUCUGUCAAGGUUACAAGGCACCACGGUCCCAUCAUUGUCGUAAAUGUAACAGGUGUGUCAUGAAGAUGGAUCACCAUUGUCCAUGGAUCAAUAAUUGUUGUGGUAAUUUGAACCAUGGCUAUUUUACCUCAUUCCUGUUGUUAGCACCAUUGGGUUGUAUUCAUGCUUCUGUGAUUUUAAUCAUGACCAUGUACACACAGCUUUAUAACAGGAUAUCAUUUGGUUGGAGUUCAGUUAAGAUUGACAUGAGUCUGCCUCGAAGAGAUACACAAUACAUUGUUCCUUUUGGAAUUUAUGGAUUUGCAGCCUCUCUCUUUGCUUUGGGAUUGGCAAUUGGCACAACAAUAGCUGUUGGCAUGUUGUUUUUCAUCCAGAUGAAAGUGAUUCUCAGGAAUAAAACCACAAUUGAAGUUUGGAUAGAAGAAAAGGCCAAAGACAGAAUCCAGUAUUAUCAAACAGGUGAAGAAUUCAUCUUUCCAUAUGACCUUGGAAGCAAGUGGAAAAACUUCAGACAGGUGUUCACAUGGUCUGGACUUCCCGAGACGGAUGGAAUUUUCUGGCCUGUUCGUCAAGGCAGCCAUCAGUACUCAUUGACGAUAGAGCAACUGAAACAGAAAGCUGAUAAAAGAGUGAGAAGUGUCCAGUAUAGAGUGAUUGAAGACUACAGUGGAGCCUGCUGUCCAAUCACAAAAGGAUACAAAGCAUUUUUCUGCACACCUUAUACUGAAGAACCCAGAAUGCAACUAAGGAAAGGAGAAUUGAUUUUAGUUACAAGGGGUCUCCCGCAUUGGAUGUAUGGCAACAAGAACUUGAAGACGAAAAAUGCCCACGUCGGAGAGCAUGAACGAGGUUGGUUCCCAAGAAGAUGUGUGGAAAAAUGUUUAUAUGACACGGCCACAGAAAAGCCAACAGAAGAAGAGAAGAAGAUUUUGUAACAGUUCUUUUUGCCUGUGCUUUUGACAGCAGAAUUUGUGAUGAUUUACAGGAUCUAUUUUCCUUAGCUUGAAAGUUAUAACUUUUUUUCAGAUUUAGUUUAUACUUGACCUGCUUUGAUAAAGCAGCAGUUUUCACAAGCAUUUCUUUUUUAUAACCUAAAGAAUUCCUUUGGAUUCUCAAUGUUUGUGAAACAACCUAAUUAUGGUGAUCUAGAUUGUCAAAAACAAUAAAUCGUCUUCUGCUUUCA